AUGGAGAAAUAUGUGAGAUACAUGACCGAUAGGAAGCUGACUAAUGGCUCGUUAUGGCCUGCAAAUUUUCUUCUCUUGAAUGACCCUGUCUUAACUGAAUCAAUGUCGCCGCUUAGUCGACUGUCUGAUUACGCAUGCAGGAAGCCAUUAAAGGCAACGGAUCGUGUUCAUAGACACCAUGCAU